AUGGGUACACUCGAAAGCUUUCAACCUUUUACUGAUUUCCUACUUUCCCAAGGGGACAUUAUUCUAUCAAUUCCCAUUAAUGGGGAACUUUGGAAAAUUAGGGGCGUUUUUCAUGAGUUUUGCAAAGAUGAUACCUAUCACAUACCCACCACAUACUCGGAGUUCAUUGAUUACCUUCAACUAUUUCAAAAUCUCAGUGGGAAAUCGUUGCAUUUUUCAACAAAAUUGCCACUUGCAUUGACCAAACUGAUUAAUAUGCCAAGGUUGACGUGGAUCAAUUACACGGCGUUGAAGAUUUUACAUUAUCGGUUAAGGGGCUUGUCACCACCCGAGGAAGAAUUUGUGAAACGAAAGGAGGAGGUGUCAUUGCUUGAAUUUGCUUCACCAAAAGAGUCUAUACCAAUUGAACUUGACAAAGUGACUAGAUUAACAUUAGAGGUCAUAAUUGGGUUUCUUCAUAAAAAUACGGCAAAAACAACAUUGGGAAGAGAAAGAGCAAAAUUGGCAACUUUGAAGGCACCAUUUCCACAUGUAUGCAGUGAUAGUAAGCAUGCAUUGCUGUUGGCCAAUGCUGGAUUAAAUAAGCGAGAGUAUGCCCUGAGUUCAAAGCAAUUAGCUCCAGAUUAUAUCGUUCAUCAAAGAAUACAUCAAUCAAGGAACUUGUUACCUAUUGAAGCUUACCAAUGUUCAUUAAACAAGAUCCACUUUCUUCCUAUUUUGUAUGGUCACACUGAUGUGAAUUUGGGAGAUUGUUCGUACUUAGAUACAUGCCACAAGAUGAAAACCUGUCGUUAUCUCCAUUAUUUCACUUUGAACCCUUGUAAAACGGAGUCAGUGGCGAAGCUGGAGGAAAAGAGUUUGGAUUACACUCUUGGUCAAUGUUUUACUGAAUCCUUUUGCCCAAUCACACCUCCACAAUGGAUCAAUUGUGAUGUUCGGUAUUUGCCUUUCGGUAUAUUAGGUAAAUUUGCUGUGAUUAUUUCUGACCCUGCCUGGGACAUUCACAUGUCCUUGCCGUAUGGAACAUGCAAAGAUGAUGAGUUGCUAGAGUUGCCUAUGCAUGAGCUUCAAGAUGAAGGGAUUAUUAUGCUUUGGGUAACUGGGCGGUCAAUCGAAAUUGGACGUAAAGCUUUACUCAAGUGGGGUUACCAAAUUAGUGAUGAAAUGAUCUGGAUCAAAUUGAAUCAAUUGAAAAGAACUAUAGUUACUGGAAGAACAGGACAUUGGUUAAAUCAUUCAAAAGAGCAUUUGUUAGUCGGACUAAAGGGUAACCCUAGCUGGCUCAACUUGCGAAUUGACACCGAUGUUGUAGUUAGCAGUACGAGAGAAACUUCAAGAAAACCAGAUGAGUUCUACGACAUCAUUGAACGAUUAGUUGGUACUCAUGCAAGAAAAUUGGAAAUUUUUGGACGAACUCACAAUACUAGACCAGGGUGGUUGACAAUUGGUAACCAACUACAAGGUGUAUCAUUACACGAGCCUGAAGUUAAAUACAACUAUGAAAUAUACAAAAGCCAAACCUCAGACUGA